AGCUACACUUUUAUGUGAUGCAGCAAGUGAAUCAUCUGCACACUGUGGAGUCAUCAGGAGGUUAGAUUUGAUUUGAUGCUCUCUCUCAGUUGACAGCAGGUCUGCAGAAGAAAACUCACACCACCUGAGUCCUGAUGUUUGAACUUUAAGUUUGCAUGACCUGAGUGAUGGCUCGUCUUGUUGCCGUGGUCGGAGGGGGCAGUUCAGGUCUGGCCUGCAUCAAGUGCUGUCUGGAUGAGGGGCUGCAGCCCGUCUGCUUUGAGAGCAGCGAUGACUUGGGGGGUCUGUGGAGGUUCAAGGAGAAUCCAGAGGCGGACAGAGCCAGCAUCUACCACUCUGUCAUCAUCAACACCUCCAAGGAGAUGAUGUGUUUCAGUGACUUUCCCAUCCCGGCACACUUCCCCAACUACAUGCACAACUCCCUCAUCAUGGACUACUUCAGGAUGUACGCCGACCACUUCCAGCUCACCAAACACAUCCGCUUCAACACCAAAGUGCUGCAGGUGAAGCAGAGGUCAGAUUUCUCUCAGUCUGGUCAGUGGGACAUCGAGACGGAGAACAAGGAGGGUAAAAAGGAGAAACACAUUUUUGAUGCAGUGAUGAUCUGUAUUGGACACCAUUGUCAACCCAACCUGCCCCUACACGACUUCCCAGGCAUCGACACCUUUAAAGGACAGUUCUUCCACAGCAGGGACUACAAGACUCCGGAGCAGUGGAGGGACAAAAAGGUGGUGGUGAUCGGGAUAGGAAACUCCGGAGGAGACAUCGCAGUGGAGCUCAGCAAAGUCACCAAACAGCUGUGUCUGAGCACACGGAGGGGGGCCUGGAUCCUGAACCGAGUGUCAGACGGAGGAUUUCCUCGUGACGUCUUCAACACCAGAGUGCUGAAGUUCCAGCGUCAGACCCUCCCGUUUGGAUUCAUCUGCAAUGCCGCAGAGAGACGUCUCAACCACAGAUUUGAUCACAGUCUGUACAACCUGAAGCCAAAGCACAGGUUGUUCAGCCAACAUCCCACAGUGAACGACGAGCUUCCAAACCGCAUCCUGUCAGGUACCGUUCAGGUGAAACCAAACGUGCGCAGGUUUCAGGGCUCCAGUGUGGAGUUUGAUGAUGGGAGUGUGGUGGAGGACGUGGACCUGGUGGUGUUUGCCACAGGUUACAGGUUCUCCUUCCCGUUCCUGGCCUCUCAGGUGCUCUCAGUGUCUGACAACAAAGCAUCUCUCUACAAGUACGUGUUUCCUCAUGAGCUGCAGCGCCACACACUGGCCAUCAUCGGCCUGGUGCAGCCACUGGGAGCCAUCAUGCCAAUCUCUGAGAUGCAGGCCAGGUGGGCCACUCGAGUCUUUAAAGGCUGCAUCAAACUCCCAUCAGAAGCCACCAUGAUGAAAGACAUCCAGUCUAAGACGGAGGCCAUGACUAAAAGGUAUGUGAGCAGUCAGAGACACACCAUCCAGGUGGACUACAUCAGUUACAUGGAUGAGAUCGCAGAGCAGGUGGGGGUCCGACCAAGCGUACUGAGGCUGCUGCUGACCGACCCCAGGAUGGGACUCAACGUGUUGCUGGGUCCCUGCACGCCAUACCAGUAUCGUCUCCAAGGCCCUGGAAAGUGGGCGGGGGCCCAUCAGGCCAUCCUCACCCAGUGGGAGAGAGUGACUCAGCCCAUGCAGACCCGGCCCUGCCCAGCAGCUGAACCCCACAGGUCAUUUCUGUGGCCCCUGAUGGUGUCAGCCGCCGUCGUUGGCGUGGCCUUCUACAUCAACAGGAACAAGCUUCCAACUUUCCUCCAAGAUCCCACUGAGCUGCUGGAGCGGAUCAAAGUCUUCAUGCCUGCUCUGUGAACAUCAUACUGGUUUAUCACAUACUGGUGUCCUGAUUUCUGUCUUUGAAUCUGACUGUAACAAGAAACUCUGUUUAUUUUUCUAUUUUCUAUAGAAGCCCUGCAUUAAUAAAUGUAAUUUGACUCCAUCCUCCCAGGAUAAUGAGUACAUUUCAGUUGUAUUUUUUAGAUGUUGGCUAAUUUAUCUCUCUAUCUUGAUAUUACAGCGCUGGUUUUCCUGUGAUAACAGGAUAAUUUCAGCCUUAAGAAAUUAGCUCAUGAUAAUGGGAAACAAUAAUUAUUCUGAGAUAUGAAGAUGAACUGGUUGAGAUCUUGAGAUAUAAAAAUUGAACUUACUCAGAUCACUGGAAAACAGUGUAAAAUAAAAUGUAUGUAUUAGGGCUUCUGUAGUUUCCAGCAUUAGGUGAAUGACUACAAAUCAUUUAUUCUGACUUUUAUAGCUAAAGAAAUCAUAAACCUCAGUUUAAAUGAAUACCCUGGUUGAUGAUGCAGCAAUUUGGGCAAAAAAGUUUAUAAAAUGUACAUAAUUUGCAUUUGAAAUAUGAGGGGGGAAACAACAAUCAGCUAAAUAAAUCGUGUUUUACAAGUU